AUGGAUUCAGUUCUGACACCAUUUGCUAUUGGUAGUAUUGCUGCUGCUACUGUGGGCUUUGGAGGAGUGGCUGUCCUGUUCACCAUGCUCUUCAGUAAGCCAGUAGUCUCCUCCGUAGACAAGCUAGUGGUCAUCUGGUGUGUCUACGAUGCCAUUACACAUUUCUUCUUGGAAGGGUCAUUCCUUUAUUUUUCUCUGACUGGCACUGUGAACUCAGCACAGGGACUCGUUGCUCAGAUAUGGCAGGAGUAUGCUAAGGCUGACUUCCGUUGGGGAGUGUCAGAUCCCAACAUUGUCUCCCUUGAGAUUCUCACUGUCUUUUUCAAUGGGGCUCUCUGUCUUCUGCUAGUUUAUGCCAUAUUCAAUAACAAAGCCUACAGGCACUAUGUGCAGGUGGUACUUCAAGUUUGUGAGCUAUACGGAGGAUGGAUGACGUUUUGUCCUGAGUGGGUCACCGGUAGCCCUAACCUUGAUACAACCAACUGGCUCUACCUCUGGGUCUAUCUGGUGUUCUUUAAUGGCAUCUGGGUCGUGAUACCACUACUGCUACUCUACCAAUCAUACUGUGCAAUCGUUAGCCAAGCUGGAAUGAAUCGGAAUAAAAAACUGAAAUGAUCAUUUUUAUGAGGUGCUUUAGCUUGUAGUUUUGUUGUAGUUUAGCUGAUUACAAGACGCCCUCCACUGCUCUAUGAUAUAGCUCCACCCACUUUAUCUAUUUAUGGAUUAUUCCAGACUACUAUGAAAUAUUAAAGGGGCGUG